GGGGCUGCGGCUCGGCUUCCCGGUGCCCGCGCGCGCCCCGCCGGCCUUGCUGAGGCCCAGCGCCAGGCCCCCUCUGUAGGCAUUUGGGGUUCCUCUUUUUGGCAGGAAAUAAUGUUGAUAUUUGGAACCCAUGUCGAACUUCUUUGAAGAAAGGGCAACGAUGAUUGCAGCCGGGGAUUUGCAGGAAUUUGUUCCUUUUGGUCGAGACCACUGCAAGCACCACCCUAAUGCUUUGAACCUUCAGCUUCGCCAGCUGCAGCCAGCCUCUGAAUUAUGGUCUUCUGAUGGAGCAGCCGGCUUGGUUGGAUCCCUUCAGGAAGUUACUAUCCACGAGAAACAAAAGGAAAGCUGGCAGUUACGGAAAGGUGUAAGUGAGAUUGGAGGAGAUGUGGAUUAUGAUGAGGAACUCUAUGUGGCUGGGAAUAUGGUGAUUUGGAGCAAAGGAAGUAAAAGCCAGGCAUUGGCAGUUUAUAAAGCAUUUACAGUGGAUAGUCCUGUUCAACAGGCAUUGUGGUGUGACUUCAUUAUAUCACAGGAUAAGUCUGAAAGGACCUACAGUAGCCAUGAAGUAGAAAAAUGCAUAUGUAUAUUACAGAGCUCAUGUAUUAACAUGCAUAGCAUAGAAGGAAAGGACUAUAUAGCUUCCUUACCAUUUCAGGUCGCAAACGUUUGGCCCACCAAAUAUGGUUUGCUGUUUGAACGAAGCAGUUCUUCACAUGAGGCACCUCCAGGUCUACCUAGAGAACCUUUGCCCACUAUGUUCAGCAUGCUGCAUCCACUAGAUGAAAUAACUCCACUUGUUUGUAAAUCUGGAAGUCUGUUUGGUUCAUCACGGGUACAAUAUGUUGUAGAUCAUGCAAUGAAAAUUGUAUUCCUCAAUAUCAGCCCCUCCAUUGUGAUGACAUAUGAUAGUGUUCAAAAUGUGCAUUCUGUGUGGACUCUGCGGAGAGUCAAGCCAGAGGAAGAGAAUGCUGUUUUAAAGUUCUCUGAACAGGGGGGAACCCCGCAGAAUGGAGCCACAAGUAGCUCUCUCACAGCACACCUCAGAAACCUCUCCAAAGGCGAUUCCCCUGUGGCCUCACCUUUCCAGAAUUACUCCUCCAUUCACAGCCAGAGUCGCUCAGCCUCAUCCCCCAGCUUGCACUCCCGAUCGCCUUCCAUCUCCAACAUGGCAGCCCUAAGUCGUGCUCAUUCUCCUGCUUUAGGCGUGCACUCCUUCUCAGGGGUGCAAAGAUUCAACCUUUCAAGCCAUAAUCAAUCUCCAAAGAGACACAGUGUUCCUCAUUCUCCUAGUAACAAUUCUAAUGGCUCAUUUCUUGCACCGGAAACUGAGCCAAUUGUUCCUGAGCUGUGCAUUGAUCAUUUGUGGACAGAACCAAUUACAAACACAAGAGAGAAAAAUUCACAAGCCUCAAAAGUCUUUAUUACGUCUGACUUAUGUGGACAAAAGUUCUUGUGCUUUUUAGUAGAAUCUCAGCUCCAGUUACGCUGUGUAAAGUUUCAAGAGAGUAAUGACAAAACGCAGCUCAUCUUUGGCUCUGUCACUAACAUACAUGCCAAGGAUGCAGCACCAGUGGAGAAGAUAGACACCAUGCUGGUCCUGGAAGGCAAUGGAAACCUGGUCUUGUACACAGGAGUAGUUCGGGUGGGAAAGGUUUUUAUUCCAGGACUGCCAGUUCCUUCUCUGACCAUGUCUAGUACAAUGCCUCGGCCCAGUACACCACUUGAUGGCAUUAGUACUCCUAAGCCUCUUAAUAAACUACUUGGAUCAAUGGAUGAGGUUGUGUUAUUGUCCCCAGUUCCAGAACUGAGGGAUUCUUCAAAACUUCAUGAUUCUCUCUACAAUGAGGAUUGUACUUUCCAACAGAUUGGAACCUAUAUUCAUUCUGUCAGAGAUCCUGUUCAUAACAGAGUCACUCUAGAACUGAGUAAUGGCUCCAUGGUUAGGAUCACUAUUCCUGAAAUUGCCACCUCUGAAUUAGUACAAACAUGUCUGCAAGCAGUUAAAUUUAUCCUGCCCAAAGAAAUAGCUGUUCAGAUGCUUGUCAAGUGGUACAAUGUCCACAGUGCUCCAGGGGGACCCAGUUAUCACUCAGAGUGGAAUUUAUUUGUGAUUUGUCUCAUGAACAUGAUGGGUUAUAACACAGACCGCUUAGCAUGGACCCGAAAUUUUGACUUUGAAGGAUCACUUUCCCCUGUUAUUGCACCUAAAAAAGCAAGGCCUUCUGAGACGGGAUCUGAUGAUGACUGGGAAUAUUUACUGAAUUCAGACUACCAUCAUAAUGUUGAGUCUCAUCUUCAGAGCAAAUCUUUAUGUUUGAGUUCUUUGGAAUGUUCAAGGGUGAAGAAUGAAGAUUUUUCACAGAGCCUCAGUCUGGAUUCUUCUACUCUUCUCUUUCCUCAUAUACCUGCAGUCUUUUUUGUUCUUCACCUCGUCUAUGAAGAGCUUAAGUUAAAUACUUUAAUGGGAGAAGGAAUUUGUUCACUUGUUGACCUUCUUGUUCAGCUGGCAAGGGACUUACAAUUGGGGCCUUAUGUAGAUCAUUACUAUAGAGACUAUCCAACUCUUGUCAGAACUUCUGGACAGGUGUGCACAAUUGAUCAAGGUCAAAUGGGAUUUAUGCAUCAUCCAUCAUUUUUUACUUCUGAGCCACCAAGUAUUUAUCAGUGGGUGAGUUCUUGUUUGAAGGGUGAAGGAACACCACCUUAUCCUUACCUCCCUGGGAUCUGUGAAAGAAGCAGACUAGUGGUCCUGAGUAUCGCGCUUUACAUCCUUGGUGAUGAGAACUGUACUGCUGAUGAAGCCUCACGGUAUUUAUUCAAAGUGACAAUGACUCCCCAAAAGCCACAACCAGAACAAGAAGAAAGCAGGUUUAGUUUCCGCCAUUCUACAUCAGUUUCUAGCCUAGCUGAAAGAUUAGUUGUCUGGAUGACCAGCGUAGGAUUCACUUUAAGAGAUUUGGAGACUCUUCCUUUUGGAGUUGCUCUUCCCAUCAGAGAUGCAAUAUAUCACUGUCGUGAGCAGCCUGCUUCAGACUGGCCAGAAGCUGUCUGUCUCUUGAUUGGGCGGCAGGAUCUUUCUAAGCAGGCUUGUGAAGGAAACUUACCCAGAGGGAAAUCUGUGCUCUCAUCAGAUGUUCCUUCAGGAACAGAGGCCGAGGAGGAAGAUGAUGGCAUGAAUGACAUGAAUCAUGAAGUUAUGUCAUUAAUAUGGAGUGAAGACUUAAGAGUACAGGAUGUGCGAAGGCUGCUUCAAAGUGCACAACCUGUCCGUGUCAAUGUAGUACAGUACCCGGAGCUCAGUGACCACGAGUUCAUUGAAGAGAAAGAAAACAGACUGCUCCAGCUAUGUCAGCGCACCAUGGCUCUUCCAGUAGGAAGAGGAAUGUUUACCUUGUUUUCAUACCAUCCUGUUCCAACAGAACCUUUGCCAAUUCCUAAGCUGAAUCUCACAGGGCGCGCCCCUCCUCGGAACACAACAGUAGACCUGAAUAGUGGAAACAUUGAUGUGCCUCCCAACAUGACAAGCUGGGCUAGCUUCCAUAAUGGUGUGGCUGCUGGCCUGAAGAUAGCCCCUGCCUCUCAGAUUGACUCAGCCUGGAUUGUUUACAACAAACCCAAGCAUGCCGAGUUAGCCAAUGAGUAUGCUGGCUUUCUCAUGGCCCUGGGUCUGAAUGGCCACCUUACCAAGCUGGCUACUCUAAAUAUCCAUGACUACUUGACCAAGGGUCAUGAAAUGACAAGCAUUGGACUGCUGCUUGGUGUUUCUGCUGCAAAACUUGGUACCAUGGAUAUGUCAAUUACUCGACUUCUUAGCAUUCACAUUCCUGCCCUCUUACCCCCAACGUCCACAGAGCUUGACGUUCCUCACAAUGUCCAAGUGGCUGCAGUGGUUGGCAUUGGUCUUGUGUAUCAAGGGACAGCUCACAGACAUACAGCAGAAGUCUUGUUGGCUGAAAUAGGGCGGCCUCCUGGUCCUGAGAUGGAAUACUGCACUGAUCGAGAGUCAUAUUCUUUGGCUGCUGGCCUGGCCCUGGGCAUGGUUUGCUUGGGGCAUGGCAGCAAUUUAAUAGGAAUGUCAGAUCUCAACGUGCCUGAACAGCUAUAUCAGUACAUGGUUGGAGGUCACAGGCGCUUUCAAGCCGGAAUGCACAGGGAAAAACAUAAAUCUCCAAGUUAUCAAAUCAAAGAAGGUGAUACAAUAAAUGUGGAUGUGACUUGUCCAGGUGCUACCCUGGCUUUGGCUAUGAUCUACUUAAAAACCAAUAACAGAUCCAUUGCUGAUUGGCUCCGAGCUCCUGAUACCAUGUAUUUGCUGGACUUUGUGAAACCAGAAUUUCUCUUGCUUAGGACACUUGCUCGAUGUCUGAUUUUGUGGGAUGAUAUUUUACCAAAUUCCAAGUGGGUUGACAGCAAUGUUCCUCAGAUUAUACGAGAAAAUAGCAUCUCUCUUAGUGAAAUUGAAUUGCCUUGCUCAGAGGAUUUGAAUUUGGAAACUUUGUCGCAAGCACAUGUCUACAUAAUUGCAGGAGCCUGCUUAUCUCUGGGUUUUCGAUUUGCUGGCUCAGAAAACUUAUCAGCAUUUAAUUGUUUGCAUAAGUUUGCAAAAGAUUUUAUGUCUUACUUAUCUGCACCUAAUGCUUCAGUGACAGGUCCUUACAACCUAGAAACUUGUCUGAGUGUUGUGCUGUUAUCUCUUGCUAUGGUAAUGGCUGGCUCUGGGAACUUAAAGGUGUUGCAGCUUUGUCGGUUCUUGCACAUGAAAACAGGUGGUGAAAUGAACUAUGGUUUUCACUUAGCCCACCACAUGGCCCUUGGACUUCUGUUCUUGGGAGGAGGAAGGUACUCUUUGAGCACGUCAAACUCUUCCAUUGCUGCACUCCUCUGUGCCCUAUACCCACACUUCCCAGCUCACAGCACUGACAACCGGUAUCAUCUCCAGGCUCUCCGGCACCUCUAUGUUCUAGCUGCAGAACCAAGGCUGCUGGUACCUGUGGAUGUAGAUACAAACACGCCCUGCUAUGCUCUCUUAGAAGUUACUUAUAAGGGCACUCAGUGGUAUGAACAAACCAAAGAAGAAUUGAUGGCGCCAACCCUUCUUCCAGAACUCCAUCUUUUAAAGCAGAUUAAAGUCAAAGGCCCAAGAUACUGGGAACUGCUGAUAGAUUUAAGCAAGGGAACACAACACUUGAAGUCAAUUCUUUCCAAAGAUGGGGUGUUAUAUGUCAAGCUCAGGGCGGGCCAGCUCUCCUACAAAGAAGACCCAAUGGGGUGGCAGAGUUUGUUGGCACAGACAGUUGCUAAUAGGAAUUCUGAAGCCCGGGCUUUCAAGCCAGAAACAAUCUCAGCCUUUACUUCUGAUCCAGCCCUUCUAUCAUUUGCUGAAUAUUUCUGCAAGCCAUCUGUGAACAUGGGUCAGAAACAGGAAAUUCUGGAUCUCUUUUCUUCAAUACUCUAUGAAUGUGUUACUCAGGAGACUCCAGAGAUGUUGCCUGCAUACAUAGCAAUGGAUCAGUCUAUAAGAAGUCUUGGAAAAAGAGAAAUGUCUGAUACAUCUGACCUGUGGCAGAUAAAGUUGGUGUUAGAUUUUUUCAGCUCACGAAGCCAUCAGGAACGGCUGCAAAACCACCCUAAGCGAGGGCUCUUCAUGAACUCUGAGUUCCUGCCUGUGGUAAAGUGCACUAUUGACAACACCUUGGACCAGUGGCUGCAAGCUGGAGGUGACAUGUGUGUGCAUGCUUAUCUGAGUGGGCAGCCUGUGGAGGAGCCUCAGCUCAGCAUGCUGGCCUGCUUCCUUGUCUACCACUCUGUUCCAGCGCCACGGCACCUGCCACCUCUGGGAUUGGAAGGAAGCACAAGCUUCGCUGAACUCCUCUUCAGGUUUAAACAGCUGAAAAUGCCAGUGAGAGCCUUGCUAAGACUAGCUCCUUUGCUGCUGGGAAAUCCUCAGCCCAUGGUUAUGUGACCCUGAAACAUGACUUCUGCACAAAACCGUGACCAAACAACCGAGUUAAGGGGUGUUUCUCCAUUCUACAUUGUAACUAGAGGAAAGCAGCUAUGCAUACUUUGCUGUUUGUAUAACCUAUGUCUCAGUACUCCUGAAAAUCACUGCUGCCAGAGUAACAAUAACGGACAUAAAAGUCAGUUAAAAUUUACUUUUGUAAAUAAAGUUUUGGUUGUUUUCAAAACUCUUAGUGAUUGCCUCAGUUUUGGAAUUCAGAGAAUAGUGUGAUGGGGUGAAUUUUAAAACUUUUGAAUUCUAAUAGUUCAGGGGAAAUGUCUACGCUCAAAAGUAUAAGGUUUUAAGAGAAGCCAUGUCAAAAAGUUUGACUUUCUGCUGCCAAAAUAGAACAUUUUAUAUUUUCUAAGAUGUCACAGUUUUCCCUAAAAUAAGUGUACACUUCCCAUGACAGCAUCGACAUUCUUGUGGUGUGAUUGCUCCAGUGUGAUGAUUAUACUUUAGUAAAGAAUAUCUUAGCACAAAGUGCUAUGGACCGUGUCCUCCCACAAUUACAUACUAAGCUCUAAUCCCACCUUGAGUACAUGCGGAGACCGGGCUUUGCAGAGAGCUCAGGGUAAAGGAAGUCACAGGGGUGAGGUCCCAUCUUCAUAGACUCCUGGGUCAUAUCAGAGGAGUAGGAGAAACCAUUUCUGUGUGCUGUGUGAGAGCACAGAAUGUCACUGUCCAGAAGUACCAAGAUGCCAUCACUGGGAAUUUCUUGGCAUCUUGGCUUUGGCCUUUACCUUCAAGAGCAUUAAAUAAAUUUCUGAUGCUUAA